CCCCCCCCCCAGCUUCUUCCCUCAGCGCUGCCGCGGGGCCGAGCCGCCUCGGGCAGUGCCUUGAGGGACCGCCGAGGGGCCGCCGGGGCCCCGCCGUUACCUCGGGAGCAGCGGGGAAAGAAUGUCAGAGCCUGAACCUUCAGAAUCUGUGAUGGAGGGGCAACGCAGAAGGGUAUAGCCAACAUCUUUCACACAAGAAUUACGAGUGAUCGAGGCCAAGAAAACAUUAAAUGAGGUGAAAGGUCUAGGCUAGAGGGCAUCUUGAGCAAGUCUAAUGAAGUCAUGGUUGCUUCAGUGGCCGCGUUCCCAAAGGAUUUUGCUGUGUCUGUCACUGCGUCUCUCUGUUCCUCCACACCAGGCACCCGCCGUAGCCCUGCUCCUGGCAGCAGCCCCGUAGCGUGUAGCAUCCCCGUGUCAAAACAAAGACAUGUGAAAGGGGAUUUAUCUCACCCAACGCUCCUAACAGACAUUUACCUGUGGGCUGGUCGUGCCUGACUGCCUCUAUUGUCAGCGGAGAGCAGCAGGAGCUUGCGAGGCACGAUUUAGCCCAACUGAGUGUGAAUUCCUAAUGCCUGCUAAAAAUGCCAAUUUCUCUGUGACUUAAAAAGGGGUCCUAAGGUGGUUAACUCACAAGUGGACACCCACAAGUUAAAUAUCCCCGUUUGAUCAAUGAGCUCUACCCACACAGCUCCCAUUCCUUUGGUGCAGGCUGUACAUUAGAGGUUUCUCUGCUGGCUUUGGGCUAUCCCUUCACGCACCCUCUAAUUAGGCCUGUAUCUAGGGCUACGGCAAAUUACCCGAAGUGGUUUAGCUUAUCCCAAGACUGACAACCACCCAGGCCCUGCUGCAGGAGCACCUGGGGCUGCACCGCAGGUAGGAAGCAUGCCACCCCGCAGCUCUGGCACGAAAUAAACCCUGCCAGGAGACACACAUCCCAUUUCGCGUGUCAGCUGUCUGUCAAACGAAAAAAGAAACCCCAAAAGAUCUCUGACGGAUUUCUGCACCGAGGGUCAGAGCCGGAUGACUGAUCCACGUGGGAGGUCUUCUCUGCUCUUCUGUACCUGAGGAAACUUCGUCUGCGCAAAGUCUUGAUGUCUGUGUUGUGUUGACUUUGACAGAGCUACACUGGCACCGAGGAAUGUUUGCAUCCCAUCCCAAGGCAGCUGCUGGCCCUGACCCCCCAUGGCUUUGGGGGUUUGCGAGGUGCCUCAGAAACCCAUUUCGGGUUCACAGCCCCAGUGGUGCCCAGCGGCUGAACAUCACAUCUCCUUGGGCCAGCCCUGGCAUCCACACGGCCACUCAGCCAGCCAGCAAGCUGAACGUCCUGCAGAUUAACCCUACGGAAGGGAGAACAAGGAGGGAGGAUUGCUCCGAGACCGCACAGCCAAAGAAGCACAAGUGUCAGCACAGGGGAGAGAGCGAGGGCGUGCGGCCGGCUGGGGGAGCUGCCUUCUGGCAGGAGCCCAGGGUGACAGGGUGGCUCCAGAGACCACAGGACAGCAGGUCGCUUCGUGUCAGAAAUCCUGUCUUCCAAAAACGACAAAAUGCUGCCUCGCCCUUCACUUCUCUGGUAUUUUGUUUAUCCUGCUGUGGACACCGGCAGAUCUUAUCCCAUCCUUUGCAGCUAUUUUUAACCUGGACGUGUUCUGUGAUUUGUUUCACGCACAGCACUGAAAUGGCACAGCUGAGGGAGCAAGUAAACCCUCGAUCUGUCUGCUCACACCUUCAUGCCAGACCAGCCUCUCAGAGCCAAGGAUCUGCACUGCUCCCAGAAACCUUCCAGACUUCUCCCUGCGCUCAGCCUCUCACCGUGUUGCGUGUUGACCAAGGACAUCAUCUGCCUUUCUGCAGCAGAGGACCCAUCAGCAAAGCCCAGCUUUGCCAGGAAAAGCUGCAUCCCUGUGAGGACCUCUCUGCUGCUGUAACACAGCGAAGCUUUGAUCACUUUCUGCCAGGGAAGGCUGCUUUGCAAGGAGAGAGGCAGGACACAGGAGUCAAUGCUUAUAACCAGGAUCGUGAUGCAUUGGACUCUGAACAAGGAACAAAACAUGCAUGCUCCAAGGAGUUUUGACUGUAAGAAAUAACGGGUGGAUAUAGGCAGGCAGUGGUACUAGGAGCAGGGGUAGCACUGUAGGGCUGCAGCACUGCAGAUGGAUGGCUUGUCAGAAGCUCUGGCCAGUGCUGUCGUGAUGAGUUUAUUCUGCGCAUAGGUUCUCCUUGGCUUGGCAGGGGACAUCCAGAGGAUGGAAGGAGCUAGCAAACUUUACAAAUUUUGGAGCGUGGAGUUGCUAAUCUCUGGCUAAGGAUACCCAAGGGCCAGAGAGACCAAUUGUUUCAGACAGCCAGAGGAUGCUUCAUGGUCCCACUGUUAGCAGAAAGGGAGGUCGCUGAAGUGCCUGUGGAGUGGUGUGCAUGGGUACGCUGUGGUGGAAGCAGCGAUAGAGUCCCUACAGCCAAGAACCUCAAAUGAACAGAAGCUGCUCCAAGGAGGCAAGGUCUGGGUUAGCUGACGACAAGCAGAAAUCCCUGACACUGCAGCAAUUGCCUCCUGCCAUGGGAUCUCUCUUCUUCGACCAUUUACCUCUGAGUGAAGGAACUGGACUGUCAACACUCAUGGCCAGACCGUGUUCACAGGACUGCCAGACACGUUUCCCAGGCAGAGAGGGUGUUGGAGGAGGGCACAACGUGCUGCUUCUGGCCAUGGAAGGGGGAAGCAACAUGCAGGAGGGGCUCAGAUUUCUUAACCUUUACUGUUAGU